AGAUUCGGUUUAAAAGAGUGGAUGGGUUUGGAUACCGAGCACUACGGGGGCUUAAUCUUGAAAAAUCGACCUUAAAAUAAAACUUGUUUAAAGUUAAAUUGAUUAAUCUUUUUCCAAGUCUAGACAAACAAACGGGAUUCUAUUAGAGAGAUUCUGGACAAUGGUUAAUUGCAUUUGUGAGAUUGGAACCGGCUUAAUUCGGUAAAUCUUUGAAAGGAAUGGAGUCCUCGUAAUAUGUAUUCUCGAUACAUACCCGACCCGAAGCUGAAGGUAAAGAUAAGGAUUUUUGUAGAUUAAUUUUACAAAAAGGUUACUUAGUUAUGGAUAUCAAGGAACAGGAAAGUAAAACCGGAAAUGUUGAGGGUGAUGAGGAGGUGAAGGAUAGUAGAUCUGUUGUGAUCAAGGUUCUGUUUUUCGCACGAGCAAGAGAUCUUACUGGAUUGACUGAUAUGCCCUUGGAAGUUCCACCCUCUAGUACUGCUGAUGAUUGCCUGAAUAAGCUUAUUGCUAAAUUUCCGAGCCUAGAAGAGAUUCGUGAGUGCAUGGUCCUCGCUCUAAAUGAAGAAUACACCUCCAAAUCCACCGUUGUGAAAGAUAGAGAUGAAUUGGCCAUCAUACCUCCUAUAAGUGGUGGCUAGAUUUUUUUUAGGCCGUGUUCGAAUCUUUGGAACUCAAUUACAUGUAAGCAAUAUUUACUGACUACUGUCGUUUUAUUCAAUGGAUUUCCCAGUAGGACGUUUCUCACAUUCUUGAAAAAAUAUGUAAAAUUGAACUCUGAAAUCAGAUAAAAAGUUAAAACUUUUACUAGAAA